CAGAGACACAUAAACACACACACACACACACACACGCAGAGCUCCGGCUCUUUUGUGAUGCUAAAGCAGCGCAGGUCACCAGGAUUCCUCCUCCUCCUCCUCCUCCUCCUCUUCCAGACUCCAGAACAACACGACGAUUCAAUCGAGACAUUUGAGAAGUUGUAGAGCGAACCGAAACACCGCGGAGCCCGUGGCGUUUUUUUUAUGAAUAAUUUUGCUGGGCAUUUUGACCGCUCUUCUUUUUUCUUUUUCUUUUUUCUCCCACUCAUAUUCGUUUUUUUUAUUUAUUUUGUUUUCUGAACCAUUCGCGUAUUUUAAUCUGUGUCAGAAUGUUGUUAGAACAUCCGGGAUCAAGUUGUCAAAAUGCUGGAAAUUACAGCAGAUACAGCUCGGGUCAAGAUGUUCCCGUUUGCGCGGGCUGUAACCAGCACAUCGGGGAUCGCUUCAUCCUGAAGGUUCUAGAUCGCCACUGGCACAGCAAGUGCCUGAAGUGCAGCGACUGCCAGUCUCAGCUGGCCGAGAAGUGCUUCAGUCGAGGAGACAGCGUGUACUGCAAAGAAGACUUCUUCAAGAGGUUCGGCACCAAGUGUUCCGCGUGCCAGCAGGGCAUCCCCCCGACGCAGGUGGUCCGCAGGGCGCAGGACUUCGUGUAUCACCUGCACUGCUUCGCGUGUGUGGUGUGUAAGAGGCAGCUGGCCACAGGUGAUGAGUACUACCUGAUGGAGGACAGUCGACUGGUGUGCAAAGCCGAUUACGAGACCGCCAAACAGAGAGAGGCGGACUCGACUGCGAAGCGGCCCCGCACCACGAUCACCGCGAAGCAGCUGGAGACGCUGAAGAACGCGUACAACAACUCCCCGAAGCCCGCGAGACACGUGCGGGAGCAGCUGUCGUCGGAGACCGGCCUCGACAUGCGGGUGGUGCAGGUCUGGUUUCAAAACAGAAGAGCAAAGGAGAAAAGACUGAAGAAAGACGCAGGAAGACAGAGAUGGGGUCAGUACUUCAGAAACAUGAAGAGGUCCCGGGGAGGCUCCAAAUCUGAUAAAGACAGCACUCAGGAGGAGGGCAUGGACAGCGACGCCGAGGUCUCCUUCACAGACGAGCCGCCCAUGUCGGAUCUGGGACACUCCAACAGCAUUUACAGCAGUCUGAGCGAGAGCUCUCCGGCUCUGAGUCGGCAAGGCGGAUCUCAUCCACCGUUCCCACUGGAUCACGGCACCAACAUCAUCCCCUCGCAGGACCAGUACCACGACCUCCAGGCCAGCAGCCCCUACAGCCUCCCGCAGUCUCCCGGCUCGCUCCAGGCUCUUCCCAGACACCCGCCGCUCAUCUCCGGCCUGGUGUUCCCGGAGUCCGGCCUGCCCAUGGUGUCUCAGAACCCGGCCCAGAACAUGAGCCGAAUGAUGGCCGGGGGAAACGGGCCGAGCUCGGAUCUGUCCACGGGGAGCAGCGGCGGCUAUCCGGAUUUCCCCGCGAGCCCGGCGUCCUGGUUGGAUGAAGUGGAUCACGCGCAAUUCUGAUGCACAUUUGGAAAGCGACU